GGAAUACUGCAGAAAAUAAUUAUUGGAGAUAUGGAGCUUAGAUUUAUGUUCGUGUUGUCGUUAUGGAUCACGACAGCACAUUCAAUGUACAAAAUUGGUAUCGGAAUUGCAGAUGUAACUGGGCCUGCAGCAGGCGUUACUUUUUUGGGAUACGGAAAAGUGGAACAAAGUGGAGAGGGAAUCCAUUUGCGACAAUUUUCUAGAGCAUUUUUAAUUGAAGAUUCGACAUCUAGAGUAGCAUUUGUCAGCAUCGAUUCUGCAAUGAUGGGUGACCAUAUAAAGAAAGAUGUACUGAAAAAAUUGAAUGAGAAGCUACCGGGAUUGUACGACACGAAUAACCUCAUGCUUUCAUCAACACACACACAUUCGACGCCGGGAGGUUAUAUGUUACAUAUGCUGUUUGACUUAAGCACCUGGGGUUAUGUUCAACAAACCUUAAACUGUUUAGUAAAAGGUAUUACAUUGAGUAUUCUACGAGCCCACGACAAAUUAGAUUAUGGACGUGUAUUUGUUAAUAAAGGUGAACUAAAUGGAAUAUCGAUAAAUAGAAGUCCUCAGUCAUAUUUAUUAAAUCCAGAAGCCGAACGUGCGCAAUACGCACAUAACGUUGAUAAGACUAUGGUACAGCUGAAGUUUGAGAGCGAGUCUGGUAUGCCGUUGGGCGUGAUAAACUGGUACGCGGUGCAUGCAACUAGCAUGAACAACACCAACAGGCUCAUUUCAUCGGACAAUGUCGGAUACGCAUCGGUGUUGUUCGAGCAAAAGAUGAACCCCGAAAAUUUUAUAGGCAAAGGACGUUUUGUCGCAGCGUUCGCUUCGUCCAACUUGGGAGACGUAACUCCCAACAUCAAAGGUCCUCGGUGCCAGAAAUCGGGAAAGCUCUGCGAUAUUCCAGGACCUUCGUGUGACGCUAAUGAAUUGUGCGUGGCAUCCGGACCGGGCGACGACAUGAAAGAGAGCACUAGAAUAAUAGCCCAACGGCUGUUCGACAGAGCGUAUGAACUGAUGGUUGAAAAACCUAUCAUCGAGAUCAAAGGACCGAUUAAAGCGGUACACCAAUUUAUAGACAUGACCACUGAAGAAGUAGACUAUAAGAUACCUGGAGGAGAUACGAUCAAAAGAAAAGGAUGUAAGCCAGCGAUGGGCCAUACGUUUUCAUCAGGUACCACCGACGGACCGGGCUUAUUCUCAUUUGAAGCCGGUUCCAAAUCCUCGAACAAUCCUCUAUGGGAUAUAGUGACGAACUUCGUGCCCAAGCCUAGUCCAGAACAAGUUAAAUGCCACGAAGAAAAAUCAAUUUUGAUAUCGACUGGAGAAUUUAAUUAUCCGUUGGCUUGGUCACCAAAAAUAGUUUCCACUCAAUUAGCUGUUAUUGGACAGUUGAUUAUUGCUUGUGUCCCGGGCGAGUUCACAACUAUGUCGGGGAGACGCGUAAGAAAAGCUAUCCACGAAGUCCUCUGUAAAAACUCUUGGUGUACUAUAGUGAUUGCGGGACUUUGCAAUACAUAUAGCGAUUACAUAACCACACCUGAAGAAUACAAGUUACAGCGUUAUGAAGGUGCUUCAACGUUGUUUGGACCUAACACGUUGCCUAUUUACCUUAAACAGUAUUCAAAACUUGCAAAAACAUUGUUGAACGAUAACAACAAACUGGACCCUGGGCCUGAACCGGUUGACCUGAGACUCAAUGCGUGGUCGUUACUGUCGACCCCAAUGUACGACACUCCGCUGUCUCAACACAAUUAUGGCGAUUGUAUCGAACAACCACCGUUCUCGGCCGUAUGGGGUCAAACGGUAAAAGCGAAAUUUGUGUCCGCCAAUCCCAGAAACAAUCCCAUGUUAGAAAUGACGUUUUUGACAGUUGAACGACUUACAGAUGAUUUCAAAUGGGACGUCGUCGCCACAGACGCUAACUGGGAAACCGAAUUCAUAUGGAAAACAGUUUCAUGGCUUUGGGCUAACAGCGUAGCAGAUAUUAAAUGGACAAUACCUGAAAACACUACACCAGGGCUCUACCGCAUUAGACACUUUGGAUAUUUUAAAAACUUUGGAGGGGGUGGACUCAGGAGAUACUUCGGCACUUCGGAAACCUUCAAAGUGACAGAGAAAUAGUGCACAAGUCCAUUUUAUUUCAAAACACAGAUACAUCAUUAUUUUUUUUCCAUUUUAUCUUAGAGUGUUUGGUAUCAGUUCCUGGCUAUAAUAUUGUUAAGAUACAAAACCUACUUAGUUCACUCCAAAAGUCGAUUUUGAUUUAUAUAUUAUAAUUUGUUGAUGAUAUUAUAGUACGAAUAUCGCA